UUCCGCGUCACCACCCGUGUGCUCUUCACUCGCCGCCUGCCUCUCUCUCUCUCGCCCGCAUCGCGAUCAGCUCACCUCCUCCCCUCGUCUCGCCGGAGAUCACAAGGAAGAUGGACGCCUCCUACCGCCGAGCCGGCGCCGGAGGCGGCGGCGGCUCCGCCCCCCGCUCCGUAGAGGACAUCUUCAAGGACUACCGCGCCCGCCGCUCCGCUAUCCUCCGCGCCCUCACAACCGACGUCGAGGAGUUCUACGCGCAGUGCGAUCCAGAUAAGGAGAACCUGUGCCUGUACGGCUACGCCAACGAGGCGUGGGAGGUGGCGCUGCCGGCGGAGGAGGUACCCACGGAGCUGCCGGAGCCGGCGCUCGGGAUCAACUUCGCGCGCGACGGGAUGAAGCGCAGCGACUGGCUCGCGCUCGUCGCCGUCCAUUCCGACUCGUGGCUCGUCUCCGUCGCCUUCUACUAUGCGGCCCGGCUCACCCGCAACGACCGGAAGCGUUUAUUUGGCAUGAUGAAUGAUUUCGCAACCAUUUAUGAAGUUGUCUCAGGUAUGAGACAAUCAAAGGACAGGGACAGAUCCGGUGGUAUUGACAACAGCAGUAGAAACAAGCUGCAAGUGAAGCAUACAAGCGAGGCGGUGCCACCACUGCCGCCACCGCGUGUGGAAAAUAAUGUCAGGGAAGCCGAUGAAGGCUACGAUGAGGAUGAUGGUGACCACAGCGAAACCCUGUGUGGGACGUGCGGUGGGAUAUACAGCGCCGAGGAAUUCUGGAUCGGGUGCGACGUGUGCGAGAGGUGGUACCAUGGCAAGUGUGUGAAGAUAACCCCCGCGAAGGCAGAGAGCAUAAAGCAGUACAAAUGCCCAAGCUGCAGCUCGAAGAGACCUCGGCAGUAGAAGCUUGUCCUCUUCCUGUGAGGAUGGUGGCACCUCCACCCUGGAUGGGGGGCCUUGAAGCAGAAGCGGUCUUUAGACUCCUUGCGCAAGGCUAACUACCCGCCUUGCUAUGUUUACUGUACCUUUCGUUUCAGGUUUACUUUACAUAUGGUGAUGCAAAUGCAUGUGAGGAGAGAUCACACACAUUUUCAUAGCCUUCUAACGCUUCCAAAUCCUGAAGAGGAGUCGAUCGAAGGUGUAUGUUGCCGGGAAAGGGACAGUAGAAUGACGAAAAUAUGUGUAACUUUGCAUGUGAAGUUCACUUGCCAAUAAUCCGAGAGGUUUAUUUAUGCUGUAUUAUGUUAAUGUAUGUAUUAGCCUGUUCAGUUGACAUGUGAAACCUGUGGUGAAAUAACAUUGGUUAUCCCGAGAAAACUGCAAUAACUGUGGGCAGACUUCUAUAAUUAUUCUUUUCUUUGCUGGAU